AACCUCCCCCAUCAACGACCUCAACCAUUCCGCUUCCCACUUACUUCCCUCUCCCUCUCCAUCUUGCGAUAAACCACAAUCCUUCUCUCGUGAUUUCUUCACCAGUAAACCAAGUCGAAAACCCGAGCCCCAUUCCGUUUCCGUUCCUUUGCAUCAGACUUCCAACUCCGACAAAAUGGGUCACGAGGAUGCCGUCUACCUGGCCAAGCUCGCCGAGCAGGCUGAGCGCUAUGAGGAAAUGGUCGAGAACAUGAAGAUCGUCGCCUCCGAGGACCGCGAUCUGACCGUCGAGGAGCGAAACCUGCUCUCCGUUGCCUACAAGAACGUCAUCGGUGCCCGCCGUGCCUCGUGGAGAAUCGUUACGUCUAUUGAGCAGAAGGAGGAGUCCAAGGGCAACAGCACCCAGGUGACUCUGAUCAAGGAGUACCGUCAGAAGAUCGAGGCCGAGCUUGCCAAGAUCUGCGAGGACAUCCUGGAGGUUCUGGACCAGCACCUGAUUCCUUCCGCUAAGACCGGGGAGUCCAAGGUCUUCUACCACAAGAUGAAGGGCGACUACCAUCGCUACCUCGCCGAGUUCGCCAUUGGCGACAAGCGCAAGGACUCUGCUGACAAGUCCCUCGAGGCCUACAAGGCUGCUACCGAGGUCGCCCAGACCGAGCUCCCCCCCACACACCCCAUCCGUCUGGGUCUUGCCCUGAAUUUCUCCGUCUUCUACUACGAGAUCUUGAACGCUCCCGACCAGGCCUGCCACCUGGCCAAGCAGGCUUUUGAUGACGCCAUCGCUGAGCUCGACACCCUGUCCGAGGAGAGCUACAAGGAUUCGACCCUCAUCAUGCAGCUGCUCCGCGACAACCUCACCCUCUGGACUUCGUCCGAUGCUGAGGCCGCCCCUGCCGCGUCGAAUGCCGCCGCCGCCGAGGCUCCUGCUGCCUCGGCCGAGGAGAAGCCCGCAGAGCCUGCUCCCGAGGAGCCCAAGGCUGCCGAGUAAGGCGAGGCGCAGCGCAUUUUCCCUCUAUCGUCGUGACCGGAUUGGUUUACAAUGCUUGAUCCCCCCUGGAGGAAAUCGGUGUCAUUGGAGUGCGGUUUCGGAGAACUCAAAGAAAUGCGGCAUGGUUUACUCGACGCAAAUACACAAAGACGGACGAUUUUGAAGUCAUCCACCACGGGGCUAAGAAGCAUUUUGGAGUUUUUUCUCCUUCAAAUCGCUCUUAUUUAGACUCUAAUGACGGAAGGACCAGGAUCGUCUGGACAAUAAAGCUGACUUGACUUUACCCUGCUUUUUUUUUACACUGAUGGUUUUUAAUGGCCUUUCUCAUUCAACACCCGACUUACACAGUCUAGGUAGUUUAUCGGAAUGAGUACCUUCUGCCUAACCCACAUCACGGCGAUGUUUGCCGUGAUAACUCUUGCCCGAUCUAAAUUGACUGCACCGGCUCACAUGCGCAGCUGGCUUGGCGUGCCCAACGCGUACUGUGCGCGUGUCUUGAUAUGCCCGCAUCUAACCAACACGACCAUCACUGUCAGUAAACUAUCCCGGGUUGCGCUGCCCUCAUCUGUGCAUCACAAGAGCGCCCGGCCAAGGUCUAAGGCCCGCUGCGUUUGAACUGGUGCGAUGUAGUGCUCAAUUUCAGCUCGGCUGGCCCGUUGACCGCGCCGCGUGGCCCCAAGACCCUUUCACAUGCAACUUGGAUCCUUGCCGCCCACACCAACUCCGACACUACCACCACCACUACCUGCCCCCUCUACUGCUGUCAUCGACGUCGUCCUCCACGACUGCGAAACACACCCUCAGCCACAGGCUGCAGUCCUGGCACCCGACAACCAGCUCGCCCAAAUCCCCGGCCUCCUCCAGGUCGUCCUCGCCGAAGGCAUACCCUUCCUCGUUCCCGCACCGGCAGCCGCGGUGCCAACGGGUCGUCGCGCGCGCGGCGUCCUCGGUAUAGUCCAGGUCGUCGAGGUCCACGGUCUCUAUCCCCGUCUGGAAGGUGGCGCUGGUGGCGCGGCUGCCGUCUGCGGAUGGUGUGGUCGGGUUGCGGGUGAGGGCAAGGUGGCGGUCGUAUGCGGUGCGCUCUGCGGGGUGUGAGAGGGUGGUGUAUGCGCGGGUGAUCUGGUCUACUGUUGGAGGAGGUGAUGUUGAUGAUGAUGAUGAUGAUGAUGAUGUGUUUGCCGUUUCUGCUGCUGCCCUGUGCGGCGCGUUGGUCUUGUCUGGGUGGUGGCGGAGGAGGGCGCGGUGGUAGGCUUGUCUUAUAAUCUUGGGGAUCUGGUCUUGGUUUGAGUCCUCUAUCAGGCUCUUUGGUAUAGCUAGGACCUCAUAAUGGGUUGGUUCGGUCAUAGUGGGAGAUGAUUCCUGUUUUGGCCGAGCAUGAUGGACGACACGAUAUUCGCGCUUGCGCUCCCUGAUGAAGAUUUUCUUCGGGUUGAGAUUGUAGGUCACGUGCUACAACCUCCUAGCUUGGUCUCGUCAGGAGCGGAAAGGCCUGAAAUUGCAUGCAAACCUUGAAAGCAGGAAAUGCGUGUAGGUGUGUAGGUGUAGGGGUCAAAUUGU